AAAGGUUAUUAUACUGCCCAAUUAUCGGAUUCCUAUCGUAAGUGUUACUUCAGGCGAUACGCCACUGUGCCGAGAGAGACGUAUAAUGGCGCCAAGCGUAAAACGCUGCUCGCCGAACGCUAUUUGACAGUUGGGAGUCGCAUUAUUCACCGUUUUAACGUUUAGGCACACUCUGCCUGUUCUCAGUCGGUUCGAAGGCGUGCUAAUUUUAGCACGCUGGUGUAAUGUGUCGUGAUACUAACAUGCGGUCUCGUUGUGUUUGCGUGCUGUGGCAGUGAAGAAAAAAACAAAAAUGUCAAAUGUGAGCCAAAACAUUCCCUCCUCCGCCGACGCGUGUCAAAAUAUCGUUCACACGUUGAUGUGUCAUCGACAAGGUGGUGAAAGUGAAAGUUUUGCGCGUAGGGCCAUCGAAUCUCUUGUUAAAAAGUUAAAAGAGAAACGGGACGAGCUAGAUUCGCUGAUCGUUGCCAUAACAACCGGUGGCGCCCAGCCUAGUAAGUGCGUCACAAUACAACGAACUUUGGACGGUCGACUACAGGUGGCAGCUCGAAAAGGAUUUCCUCAUGUGAUUUACGCCCGGAUAUGGAGGUGGCCCGAUCUUCACAAGAACGAACUAAAACACAUGAAAUUUUGUACGUACGCGUUUGAUUUGAAAUGUGACCUUGUGUGUGUGAAUCCAUAUCACUAUGAAAGGGUCGUCUCGCCCGGAUUGGAUUUAUCCGCCUUAACACUACAAAGCGGACCGGCAAGAAACAAUGGCACGAUGAUGGAAGUCGAAGGCGAAAUGGGCAUGACUCAGGCUGUGCAACAUCAUCAUCCUCAACACCAAAUCAUUAAUCAACCUCAACCAGCACCUGGGAUGUUUGGUAUGCACAUGCAAAACAUGCCCAUCACUAAACAAGAAAAACUACCUCCAGAACAACGUGAUCUCUCUAGUUGGAGCCAGCAUAGUGUUGGUAUGCACCACAUGUCCCCAACACAACCUCUCAGUAUUCCACCUCCGAUGCCACAGCCCCUUCCUAACAUGUCUCCUACUGAUCAACAAAAUAUUCAGUUUUACAAUGGGAAAUCCGAACAAAAUUCUCAGAAUAUGCUCGAGACAUCACCUAAUGCCGUAGCGCAGUCAUCACAGAAUAACGUAACCGUUGGUAGUUCACCGGCAAUUAAAAAAGGUCUAUACACGGCCAAUUGGAAACAGAAUAAUUUGGCCAUGACCGUUGCCGAACCGGCUAGUACCGGUUUCUUGUCGAAUCAACCACCACCCGAAUACUGGUGCUCCAUUGCGUAUUUUGAAUUGGAUACUCAAGUUGGCGAAACGUUUAAGGUGUUAUCAAAAAUCCCUACGGUGUCGAUAGAUGGUUACGUCGAUCCGUCAAGGGGAAACAGAUUUUGUUUAGGUGCUUUAAGCAACGUCCAUAGGACGGAACAAAGUGAAAAGUCGCGACUACAUAUCGGAAGAGGUGUAGAGUUAAACUUGAAGGGUGAAGGGGAUGUCUGGUUAAGGUGUUUGAGUGAUCACUCUGUAUUCGUACAGAGUUACUAUUUAGACCGAGAAGCUGGACGACAACCUGGCGACGCUGUUCAUAAAAUCUAUCCAGAAGCAUAUAUCAAGGUUUUCGACUUACGCCAAUGCCAUCAGCAAAUGACAGCACAAGCGGCCACAGCACAAGCAGCUGCGGCUGCGCAGGCCGCAGCUGUUGCUGGCCAUAUUCCAGGGCCGCACUCGGUCGGCGGAAUUGCACCGGCUAUGAGUUUGUCGGCCGCCGCCGGGAUCGGAGUAGAUGAUUUGCGACGAUUAUGCAUUUUGAGACUGAGUUUCGUGAAAGGAUGGGGUCCGGAUUAUCCCAGGCAAUCAAUCAAGGAGACACCCUGUUGGAUCGAGGUGCACUUACACCGAGCCUUACAGCUUUUGGAUGAGGUUUUGCACAAGAUGCCGGUUGAAGGGGGAUGUGUUGCGAAGUGAAUCAUUGAUUUUGUUUGGAGGUUGACUUGUUUGCAAAAAACAGCAAAUAAAAUUGGAACAUUUGCACCUGGAUGAAACUGAAUCGUUUUUUAUACACCUUCGUGCUCCAUUAAUGUAACGUUUAUUGGGCACGCCACCACCGCACCCCGAAACUGUUAAUGUUACUGAAUUUUUCCGGAUUUUUCAAAAGAAAGUAAAUAAACAUCAAGGAAAAACUCGACACCACACUUUGAAAAAGGGUUCCUUAAUGUUCCAAUUCCAAAUUGACAUUUUCAUAGGGCAAAAUUUAUGCAUCAAGUUGUCAUUUGAAGUACAUCAAAGUGUAAAGUUAUAUUUGGAUGUUUAUUUACUUUUAAAAAGCAAAUCUGCUUUCAACAUUUACCACACCCUGCUUAAGCCAAAUUUAGAAGCUUAGGAGUUAGUUCCAGUAUUUACUGCAAAUAUGGCAAUACAAAACAAAUUUAUCCAAUGUUUUAGUACUCCCUACAUAUAAAUUCAGGCUCCUUUAAUUUUUUUUUGAAAAUUCUUUACAAAAAUGUGUGGCGAAAUUCAUAUGCCAAGUAAACGUUACCGCACCAAAAAUUCUAUUUGGUUCUUGUAUAAUUUGUCCAAGUGCAAAGACAGAAAAACGCGUGUCAGGAAAAAUAUUUUCCAUCAAAUUAAAAAAAUAGAAAAGAAAAAAAUUAUUGUAUUUAAUUAGCUUACCUGCAAGCAAUCAUUUAAGCGUUUUGUUGGUAGAACUAUUGUUUCAAAAUUGAAAACAUGUAUAAGCUACAUUGUGUAGAUUAUCUUAUAUUGUUUUAUUUAUGAGAAGAUUUUUAUUAAAACAUGUGAUUUUGUUAUCUAUUUUUGACGAAAAUAAUUAAGGAGAUAUUAUGAUCAGUUGUUUCUAUUGAUGAGUAUUGAUUGGCUAUUUGUAGUUUUUAUAAUAUUGAGAUAUAAAAGAAUUUUUUUCAUCUGAUGGUAUCCUUCGUUUGUAUUUAAAGAUAGUUUGAAAUAUUUGUUUAGUGACUUUGAGAACUUUGGGAAAGCUUCAAGUUCACGUUCACAGUCAUUCUUUUCACAAAAGUAUACCCAAAUAUAUUAUUUUUCUUGUUAAGCCAUAGUCAGCUUAGUUGAUUAAAAUAUUUUUAGUUUUGAAAAAGAAAAAGUGACAUUUAGUACCACAAAUUAAAAGAAAUAAUUUAGAUAUAUAUAUAUAUACCCAUAUUUAUUUUUGCC